AUGAAACCUUGUACAAACUGUUAUAUACGAUCUUCUCAAAACGACGACCCUCGGCGUGGAUUUAAGGACUUAAGAUUAGCCUCUUGGAAUGUUCGUAGCUUGUAUCGCCCAGGCGCAAUAUAUCAGGUGCACAGAGAACUGCAAAGAUACAGAAUCGGCAUAGCAGCACUUCAAGAAGUGAGAUGGCCAGGAAACGGAGAGUGCAACAUUGACGGGAAGGCGACUCUAUUCUAUAGCGGUGAUUCUAACGGGAAACAUGUUAAUGGAGUAGGAUUCUUGAUAGAUAAUAAAGUGUUAGGGAACGUAAUAAAAUUUGUUGCAGUAUCAGACAGAAUAUGUGUGAUUCGGAUAAAAAGUAGAUUCUCCCACAUUACUAUUGUUAAUGUCUAUGCACCAACUGAGAUUACAGACGAUAGUCAAAAGGAUUUAUUCUAUGAAGACCUAGAGCUUGUGUAUGAUCAAAUAGCAGACUAUGAUGUAAAAAUUGUUGUGGGUGACUUAAACGCGCAAGUAGGACGCGAAGACACGUUCAUUCCUACUAUUGGAAAAUACAGCAAGCACCAACACACAAAUGACAAUGGUCUACGACUGAUAAGUUUUGCGGCUUCCAAAUCCAUGCUAGUAAAAAGCACAAUGUUCGAUCAUAAAGAUAUUCACAAAGGCACCUGGAAAUCACCUGAUGGUACCACUGUGAACCAAAUUGAUCACGUGCUUGUUGACAGCAGACAUGGAAGUAACUUGGAGGACGUGAGAACCUAUCGCGGAGCAGAUUGCGACUCUGAUCAUUUCCUACUACUCAUAAAAAUUAAAGCAAAAAUCCGAAUACAACGCAGUGGUGGCAGUGAAGGAAUAGUAAAUCUAGAUACCGAAAAACUGAAAGAUAUAGAUAUAAGAAAGUCAUUCCAAUUAGAAUUAAAAAAUAGAUUUCAGGAAUUAGAUAACAUAGAAGAUAUAAAUAAAAUGUAA